GGGACCGGGCUACAGCGGGAUGCACGCUCAGCAGGGACGGAAAAUGGUCCUCCAGAGGGAGCGGACCUUGUCCCCUGGAGCAGAAGCUACUGGGUCCUUCCACGACAUCUGGCCGGCUCUAACUAUGCUAUCCCUGAUUGUCCCUACCCCCUCUCCCUCCCGCUCUGGUGUCCAGGGUGAUCAGAGCUGCCUCUGGGCAGGAAGCCAGCCCAGAAAGAGCCUGUCACCAUGGCAACACGCCCUCUCUGCUCCCUCCCAAGUCCUGUACCAUUUUACCCCCAACUCAGGAAGUCAGAAUGGGAAGGGCCUCCUAGAUCAGUCGACUCCAGCCUCUCCCCUUGUCCAAAGUGGAGAAACCGAGACCCAAGAGGGAUAGGAGUGGGGGCGGGUGGGGGAAUCCUGUUGAUCAAGUAGGGCCUACCUUCAACCUGUCCCUUCCUCCCUCCCUGCUUUCUCUUCCUCAGGUCCUUGCAAUGGAGUGGGAGGUCCAAAAGUCCGAUUGCCUGCGGGGGAGGGUUCCACCCACAUCUGCCCUCACCCCAGCAGAGAUGGCGCAGGUGGCCUCCCAGGAACCUGACACUCACGAUGAAUAAAUGAUGCGGGCCGCGGCCAGAGCUCUCUGCCGCCGCCACCACCGCCACCGCCACCACCGUCGCCGCCUGCGGGCGGCCAGGGGCAGUCACCCGGCAGCCCCGGGCAUCGGUCCCUCUGCUCCCAGGACCUGCACCGGAGCGGAGCGCGCGGCGGGAGAACAUGGCCGGGCGGCAGAGAGGCGCGGGGCGACUCUGGGCUCUGGGCGGCGCCGCGCUGGGGGCUUGCCUGGCCGGGGUCGCCACGCAGCUGGUGGAGCCCAGCACGGCCCCGCCCAAGCCUAAGCCGCCCCCACUGACCAAGGAGACGGUGGUGUUCUGGGACAUGCGCCUGUGGCAUGUGGUGGGCAUCUUUUCGCUCUUCGUGCUGUCUAUCAUCAUCACACUGUGCUGUGUCUUCAACUGCCGUGUACCACGGACACGGAAGGAGAUUGAGGCCCGGUAUCUACAGCGGAAGGCAGCCAAGAUGUACACAGACAAGCUGGAGACGGUGCCUCCCCUUAAUGAACUCACAGAAAUCCCUGGAGAGGGUAAGAAGAAGAAAAAGAAGGACAGCGUGGACACGGUGGCUGUCAAGGUGGAGGAAGAUGAGAAGAACGAGGCAAAGAAGAAGAAAGGAGAGAAAUGAGGAAAGGACCCUGGAGGUGGCCGCAGGGGCUGGAAGGCUUUGAAGUCCAAGCUCAGGCCAGGCCCCAGGCCCCGGGAGUCCGCGUUCAUACACGGACCAUAGAGGCCAUGGUCUGAGAAGCCACGGCCAUUACCUCGAGGCCCAAAAGGUGCAGGGACAAGACUUCACGCAUGUCCAUCCCGGACCCUGUUCCUUUCACCUCAUCAGCCCGGGCACUUCUCUUUGGCACUGUCCCCCGCAGAUACUGAGUGGCCUCAAACUCCUCCCCACACCCACACAGGCUUCUGUCCCACCCGAUUUGCCAGGGCCGGAAGUGCCUGUGAGGGAGUCGGGCAGUUUCAGAUGGCAGGACUGAACAGGUUGUGUGUGAGCCCAUAAGCACCGAGGGAGGGCUGAUGGGGAGCUUGUGACAUUUCUCCGACGUAAUGGAUAGCAGCUCUCAAAGCAAGGAAAUUGCCCCAAGCUUGGCAGGAAUCUGUCCCUGGCUGCACAAGUGGCCCCAUUAUCAGGAGGGGUCCUGACCUGGCCAAUGCCAAGCUCUGAAAACAAGGUGCCAGCGUGUGCAGCUGGGGACACUAAGGGCUUCUGGCCCAGGGGUGGGAUCUGAAGGAUGAAGAGGGCGGAGGCCAGGGGACUGAGCAAAAAAACCUGGGUGUCCCCAUCUGCCUGCCGAAUACAGCGGUGUGAAGAUCUCUUCUGCCAUGUCCCAUUAGAAGAAGCACCUCUGCCAAGAAGAUUAUUCAAAUGCCAUUAGGGGCUGGUCCUACAGAAGAGAUGUACGAGGUGCCUCCAACAUCACAAUGUGGAGGGCCAGACACUGGGAAGACCUUCCCGGUGGGAUCCUGCUAGAAGGGUGUCCCCAAGAGAUCUGUCAAUAAAGCUGGGUGCCUGCGUAUCCCCAACACGUAAAA